UAAAGAUCUAUGGCAGACUGGAAAAUGAACUAUUGAAAACUCGCUAUAAUAACAAAAAACAAAUACUUUAUUAACGUCACUGCCAUAUGAUAAUGUAUGCUGCUUUUCAAAUUGAGCAUUUAGUUUACAUUUUCUCAUAAUAUUUUAUAUUAGUUGUUAAUCUAAUGCAACGCGAUUUUAAAUCAUAACCAGUGUUAUUUUAGCAUGAAAAGUUCAAACACAAUCAUAUCACAAAUUUAUCCCAACUAAAAUAUAUUCGUGCAGGUUUCAUGAAUUCGCCUCCAGCAGGACUCGAUACAUUCCUGUUGGUUGCUGAAAAUUAUUUGCAUAUGGACUUCCGCCCCACGGCUGGGUUCGGCAUCAGGCAAGGAGUCUGAAGAGAUGGGACACUGAAGCAUGAAAUCUUAACAUAAACUUUUCUGAUCAAGCAUCGGGAAGCUAUCUGUUCGCGAUGAUUUACUUCACUCAGCCAAUAGCUCUGGUGCUACAUGGACUCCUCAUUUCUGCAGUACUUGGAUCGGAGGUUUAUUCUAAAGACCAGGCAAAACGAGCCUCGUCUGACAAUACAGCCCUUCCUACAGAUCCCUGCCUCACAGUGACACCACAGUGCAUCAACGAAGCAGACAGGUUGAGUUUGGAAGCACUUCGCCAUAUCCACAAGCAACUUGAUGAUGACAACGAUGGCGGGAUUGAAGUAAAUGAAAGUGUUGAGUUCAUAAUUGAAGAUAUGAAACAGCAACAAACCAACAAACACAGUCAUUUACACAGGGAAGAUCAGCACAUCACUUUAGAGGAAUUGUGGAAAUGCUGGAAAUCUUCACAAGUACACAACUGGACAUUGGAAGAAACAGUGCAGUGGGUGGUUGAGUCUGUUGAACUUCCUCAGUACGAGACCAAUUUUAGGGAUUAUAAAGUCAACGGUAACACCCUGCCACGGAUUGCUGCUAAUGAACCUGCAUUCAUGACGUCCCAGUUGAAAAUUUUGGAUCAGCGCCACAAGCAGAAACUAAAUCUCAAAGCCCUGGAUGCUGUGUUAUUUGGGCCGCCUCUUCGUCCUUCCCACAACUGGGUGAAGGAUUUUGUCCUGAUGGUUUCUAUUAUUAUUGGUGUUGGAGGCUGCUGGUUUGCUUAUGUUCAAAAUAAAUCCUCUAAGGAACACAUUUCAAAAAUGAUGAAAGAUUUAGAAAGCCUCCAAAGCGCAGAGCAGAGCCUUCAAGAGCUACAGCAACGACUUGAAAAAGCCCAGGAGGAAAAUCGAACAGUUGCUGUGGAGAAGCAAAAUCUAGAGCAAAAGAUGAAAGAUGAGAUUAGCGAUGCCAAGAGGGAAGCGCAUCGGCUGCGGGCCCUGAGGGAGGGGGCAGAGAGUGAGCUGAGCCAGCUCAAGUAUGCAGAAGAGGAGCUGGUUCAGGUCCGUAUGGCACUAUUGAAGGCAGAGAAAGAGUUUGAAAAGCAUGGGGAUUGGUCAGUGGCUGAGGCUUUGCAGAAGUGGCUCCAGCUGACACAUGAGGUGGAGGUGCAGUACUAUAAUAUCAAGAAACAGAAUGCUGAGCUGCAGUUAUCCAUUGCCAAGGAAGAGGCAGAGAAGAUAAAAAAGAAGAGGAGUUCUGUCUUUGGGACACUUCAUGUAGCCCAUAGCUCAUCUCUGGAUGAGGUUGACCACAAAAUUAUUGAAGCAAAGAAAGCGCUGUCUGAGGUAACAGCUUGCUUGCGUGAGCGUCUACAUCGCUGGCAGCAGAUUGAGAAGCUCUGUGGCUUUCCUAUAGUUCACAACUCAGGGUUACCCACCCUGACAGCCACACUCUACUCAGAACACAGCUGGGUAGUCAUGCCAAGAGUCUCCAUUCCACCAUACCCUAUUGCUGGUGGAGUAGAUGACUUAGACGAAGACACUCCUCCAAUCAUUCCACAGUUUUCCACUCCACUAAUGAAGGUGGGCUCAUUAAGAAGCAGUAGCCAGUGCCACUCACGGCGCAGCAUAAAGAGUUCACUUGCACAGCCCCAGCCUGUCAUGCUCUCCUCAGAUCCUGAUCUUUUGUUAAUGGCCAGCUGUCCUCCAGCUUAUCGCACAGAGGAGGAAGAGGAUGCUAUCAGCUUUAGUGCAGAGAAAAAAUGGGACAGACAGGAUGCAUGGUCAGAUAGCAAUUAUUUAGGAAGAAAACAGUUUGCAAGCACAGUUCAGGAAGUUCCUUCUCAAAAAACCUCCAGGGAUGAGCUGUUUGAUCAAGAACUGAGUUUUACAGAUUCACCGACAUCCUUUGAUCAGUCCAAAGGUUCCACUGACUCUGUGGGUGUCAUUGAAUCCAAAAGCAUGGUCUACAGCCCUGCCAGCAAGGUGGUCUAUAAUGGCAUCUUGGAGAAGUCUUACAGUUUGGGCCAGCUGACCAGUGGGCUGCCUGUCUCAGAAACCUGCUACCCUUCUCUUACUUCACUGAACAUUGAGAGCAGAGUAGCAAAGGAACAGAAGAUAAAUAGUAUGUCCCAAGACUCCUGUGAUGAUGUUGACAAGAAUAAGAAGACAUCCAAGUUAAAAAGCUUAUUUAAAAAGAAAAAGUAAGACAGCUAGCUUCAGGAGGACUGUCAUCAAAACCAAGUCUGCGACUUAGACAUGGAAUGUAGCUCUAUUUUGAUGCCCCAAAUUGGAAGUCAUUUGGAAUGCCUCUUUAUUAACUCAUAGCCUCAUAGUUAACUGACUUCAAAGGUCAAAGGUCAUGCCAGCCAUCACCUAGACAUCGAUGAAGAGUGUGGACUGUUUACUGUCACUUUUGCAUAUUUAUUGUUUUUUUUUUUUUUUUUUUUUGUUAGAAAAAGCACCACUUAAGCUUUAACAGAGUUCUUGUUUACUGAAGCCUUGAGUUGUCUUUGCACAGAGCUAAGGUGUUUUUGGAACCAGACUAAGCUUGUUGCACUACCACUUUCCUGACAUGGAUGGUACCUCUUAAGAUCUCUACAAGUACAGAGGAAAAUAUGUUUUUACAAAGUUCUAUUCAAGGUUUUUCAACAGACAUAGAGUUCCUAUUGGUUGGGUUUCAGUAGGAGAGACUGUGGUUUUCAUUGAAAUAGAAAAUAAACCCAAUCCCUUUCAUGUGCUUCAGAUAAAAAAAAAAAAAAGCCCUGCAGUAAAGAACUGUGUUCACAGGGCUUGGCUCUCACUGUGAUUUAUUGCAAGCUAAGGCUGUCUGGUAUUUGAGUGAAUAGCUGAAAAAGGCUUCAAUUUCCCUGUGCACUUCUACAGGUGGUGGUGAUAGUCUGGCAGGGCAGACCAUUUUUUUUUUUAACUCAUCAUUGACUAGCUUACAAAACGUAAACUAGUUUACAAAGUUUAAGGGUUUUACAAUAUGUGGUGUUUGAAUCUUUGUAUUGUAGAAUAAAUUAAUAAAAUUGAGGCAAAUAAACUGUGGUGUUUAUUUUCCAUUUCAAUGAUUAUAUGUUGUACCUUUUAAAAAAAGCAAAACAUACUAAUUUCCCUAAAAAAGUAAUUUGUAAGACUUGUUAUUUCUGGGGGAGGGUGUGGUAGUGUCAUUUUAGAUGAAUACACACCCUUUUACACGAGAGGCUGUAUUUUUAAGUUGUGUACCCAAAAUUGUGGGUUAAGAUACUGGUUAGGCCUUAUUUUUUUAUUUAUUUAUUUUUUUUGUCUCAAAGUAGUACAAAUAUAAAGGGAGUGCCAUAGAGUUACACAUACUUUAACACUUAUAGCCAAUUUAAUCACAAAUGGACUGUAGUAUGAAUAUUAAAUUAGAUGCUAUUGUACCGUGUAUAAACUUGCUUUACGUUUAAAACUCCAAACCAAAUAAAAUAAAAAUAAUAAUAAUUGUGAAUCAGGCCCAUAAUACUGUUGAUGAUGCAGGCGCACAGUUAAAGUUAAGAUUUUGUCGUUUAGUCUUUGUUAAUUUUCUUGUUUAGAAUUGUAUGUCCAAGUUAUUUCCUAAUUUAUAUAAAAUGCAUUGCAUUUAUAUAUUUUGCACAACAGCGUUGUUGAUAUUAA